UAAUAUUCAAGAGAAAAAGUUCGGCUCUCGGUUAGUCAGUCCAAGUGUGAGAAUUCGAAGUGACAGACUCUUUGCAAAGAAGUUUUUGGUUUAGUUUGCCGACACCGCGCGACAGGAUAACAACUUCGAAAUAGUGUUUAAUGUGUGUUUAGUUUUAUUAUUAUUAUUAUAAAUGCAUUUGCCUACAGUAAACAACAACAAUAAUACAACAAUGACGGACAUUUACAAUCACUACUUGGAUACUUUACAAGAAUACCAUGGUGAAUUAGUGCGUACUGGUAGUCCAGCAGUACUUUGUAGUGCCUUACCGAACCAUUGGAGGUCGAACAAAAGUUUGCCGAUAGCCUUCAAAGUGGUAGCCUUAGAUGACAUUCCAGAUGGUACCAUGGUCACUCUAAAAGCUGGCAAUGACGAAAACUAUUGUGCAGAAUUGCGAAAUUGUACUGCGAUAAUGAAAAAUCAAGUUGCGAAAUUCAACGAUUUGAGAUUCGUUGGUAGAAGUGGUAGAGGAAAAUCGUUUUCUUUGACUAUUACGAUUAGUUGUGCUCCCUUUUAUCAAAUAGCUACCUAUAUGAAGGCUAUCAAAGUUACGGUGGAUGGACCAAGAGAACCAAGAACAAAGUCAAAUUUUCAAUUUGGUUAUGGUCUCGGACUUCCUGGAGCUUUCAAUCCGUUCCUUUUUAAUCCAGGCUGGAUUGAUUCCGUAUAUUCGUCUUAUGGUUUGGAAUAUUUGAGACAACGUGCGAGUCCUAUGAUGCCUCCGAAUGGACUUCAUACACCUUUAGGAAAAGGUCCGGAAUUCUAUAUGCCCCAUGCUCCAGCUGCGUUUCCUCAGCCCAAUUUCCUGCCGCCCAAUCCUACAGCCGAUAUGUCGAAAAUAUCUCCGAUGGAUCAGUUGUCUAUGACGAUGUCGCAACAGCCUGUUCAUUCAACAGUUGAUCAAUCGUCUACUGAUCAAUCGGACGAGGAAGAUAUUGAUGUUGUAAAGUCAGCUUUUGUGCCUAUCAAGCCUGCCAGUUUGCUGUUGCAAGAAAGUCAAGAUCCUGAUUCGACAGUGCAAGACAAAGAGCCUUUGGUUAAAGUUAAAUCGGAACUCAAGGCCCCUAGUGCAAAAAGCCUUAAGAUUUUGUCAACAGAUGAUAGUCCCAAUAGGACUAGAAUUCUAUCGCCGCCAGUUAAUAAUACAAAAUCGGUUUGGAGACCUUAUUAAUAGGGUCAUUUUGCAAUUUUUGUUGUUGUUUACUAAAAUUUUAUUUAUUUCCUUUGUUAUAGUGUAUAUAAUGUGUAUAUUAUGUGUAUAUUAAAUUAUCAAUACGUUAGUGAUUUUCA